GCUGAAUCAGUGAAACUGCAUUAUAGCCAGGGAGAGGGUGGGAGAGGGUGAACUGCAGGAGAGAGGGAAGGGAAAGAUAGCCGCAAGGGUGAAAGUUCAUAGGUUAAACGUUCACGGUGAGCUUGAGGUGGCCGUACACCUUGCUGCAGACCAGGAAAGGAAGCCAAGAUGGAAGGAAGGGAGGUGGUGUUGCCGACUGUGUCCCGCGUUGCACUGUGUGGUGGUACCCAUGGCAAUGAGCUGUCAGGAGUGUACCUGGUGAGAGAGCGGCUGAGGAAGAGGAAGGUGGAAGAAGACCACAUCUCUGUGGUGACCGUGAUGUCCAACCCGCGUGCUGUCCAGCAGUGUCGGAGAUACACAGAGACAGACCUGAACCGCUGCUUCACCCAUGCCACCCUUAGUGGGCCUGUGACAGACAAAACCCCCUAUGAGAUAGUCCGCUCCCAGGAGCUGAACACCCUGCUAGGUCCUAAAGGUAGUCCAGAGGCCAUGGACCUGGUGUGUGACCUCCACAACACUACCGCUAACAUGGGCCUGUGCCUCAUCGCCUACUCAGACUGUGACUGGAUCUCUCUUCACAUCUACAGAUACCUGCAGAGACAAAUGUCUGACAUACCUGUGAGGUUCAUUCACUUUGACCUUCCCCGCAAUGAAGCAUAUUCCCUCGAUUCUGUAGGCAAACAUGGCUUUGCGAUUGAGAUUGGUCCUCAGGCCCAUGGAGUAGUCAGGUCCAAUAUUUUAUCCACAAUGCAAGAAGGGGUCCAGCACAUGCUAGACUGGGUCCACCUCUUUAACUCAGGUACCCAAUUUGAAGGAGGAAAAGUGGAUGUGUACACCAUGGUGAAAAAUGUGGACUACCCAAGAGACUUUGAGACCCACGGUAUUACAGCCGCCAUUCAUCCUCAACUCCAGGAUCGGGACUUCUGCCUCCUCCGACCCAAUGACCCUGUGUUCCAGACAUUCUCUGGAGAGACACUAAAGUACAAAGGGACUGAGCCACUCUAUCCAUUCUUCAUUAACGAAUGUGCGUACUAUGAGAAGGGCAUAGCUCUCUCCCUUGCAAGACAGAGGAGUGUGGGGAUACCAUCCAUCCGAUCGGAGAGAGAAGGAGAACAGGGAAAGAGGAACAUUUCAGCAGAUGAAAUGGAGGAGGAAGAAAAAAUUAAAGGGGAAAUGGAGGGGAAGGCUAUCAGAAGCUAAUAGAAUAUGGAGAGGAGAGUGAUUCACUAAAUGGACAACACAACUGAGAGCUAAUUUCAAGUUCUUGAUAUGAAUUGUGGAUUUUAAAAAAGUUAUGUAAAAUGAGACACGUUGAUCAAAUGUUAUUAACUUCAAAUAAUAAUAAAAA